AGCCGCACUCACUUGCUAGCCUUGUCCGCGGCUACGCGUCUUGACAAUCCGCGGAUUCGAAAUUCAAAUUGUUUGUUCUUUUGUUUGUGGCCAGUACUUUUUAUUCAAAUUGGAAUCCAUUUUUUAUUAAUUUUUUUUAUUAACUUAAAUUAUUGAAAGAGGUUGUUUAUUUUUGCAAAGUUUUAAUUGGACUCUUUAGUGUAAGGUGGAAAAAAAAUCAAAAUGGAGGGCUGCGGGAUGAGCUGCAUAAAGUACCUCCUGGUGGGGUUCAACGGAUUGUUUUUGAUCUUCGGUAUCGUCAUCAUAGCAGUAGCAUGCGUGGACCUCGGCAUGAUCCAAGGUUUCGCGGGCAUGGAGACUAGUGGACACGAGACCGAUGCCAUCCUCAUCGCGAUUGGAGUGCUGAUCAUCAUCGUGGCUGCCUUCGGCUGCUUCGGCGCUUGGAAAGAGAGCACCAAGCUCUUGUAUAUUUUCGCCGGAUGCCUGAUUAUCAUCAUCCUCCUGGAGCUGUCAGUGGGCAUCGCCGCAGCUGCCCUACGUCCUCAGAUUGAGAAGGGAAUGAAGGAGCAGCUGCGAGGGUCAUUCAUCAGGAACAAGUCCAGCAAGGAGGAGGAUUCCUCCAUUAGGGACUUCUGGGACCGCAUUCAGAGCAACCUGGAGUGCUGUGGCGUCAGCGGCCCUGAGAAUUACGGGGGAUCAGAACCCCGUCUGAACCCGCCCUACAGCUGUUGCCCUCCCGACGGCACCGACCGCUCCGUAGAGAUCAAGAGGUCCGACUGCCUCUCCUUCGACAAGUAUUACAAGAACGGCUGCGAAGACCAGGUCCUCAGCACUAUCCACAGCGCCGGCAUGACCGUCAUCGUUACUGGCAUCCUGUUCUGCUUUUUGGAGGUGGCUGGCAUAAUCUUGGCAUUAUGGCUAGCGCACGCCAUCAAAUCAGAAGGGAAAAGCCGCGAGACGGCGUGAGCGUAAAUUAAUUUUGAAAAUUUAUAAAUCGCACCUCAGUGAUUGUUACCUUAAUUUAUUCUUAGAUUAAAUGUGACAAGUAGAGGUUAUACCAAAGUUAGUUAAGUUCGUAUUUGUUUAAGUUAUGUAUUUUUAUUGCUUUCCAGACGUCAUUGCCAGAAUUUUUCCGUAACUUAAAAUAUUUUAUAUCUCUGGUGUAUGACGUCAUAAGCUAAGAAUUUAAUAUUUCAUAGAUUUUUUUUUCUAAAUCACACUGUGCGACUUGAGAAAAAAAAUAGUCGGAAAUAUUAAACAUAAUAUGACAUGACGUAAGUAAGUAAAAGUUCGGUUUCCCAAAACAAAAUAUUUUUUAUUUACAUCAUUGAAUUAUCGUUAUAAAUAUAUUUUGUUAGUCGCACGAUUCGGAAAAAUAAUGAUAAUAUGCAAUUUUGUGUAUACAUUUUAAUUUUAACUAUAAUAUAAUUUACAUUAUGACAUGUACUUAUAGCAAUAAGGUGUUUUUUUUAGAAGGUUGAUAGAUAUAAAACACAAGUUGGUUUUUCUUAGUUAUAAUUGUGAGAAUUGUUUAAAAAAAAUUCAAAUCUUAAAUCAGAAAGUUUUAAAAAAUCAGAAUUGUUUUUUAAUUUUUAUAAUAAAUAGCAAUACAUAAAAUCUUGUAUUAAAGCAUUUCAGUUCUUUAAUCUAAUUAAGUAGAUUUAAUACUACGUAGAUAAAGUAUAUUUUAGAUUUUAUGUUUAUUAUGAUUUAAUUUCUGAGAUAUUUUGAUAAGUACUGCACAACACGCUGCUAUAAUUAAGGUUAAAAGCAAUAAUUUUAGUUGAAUGCUAGUAAAUUAAGCUUUAAUAAUGUAAUUAAUUGUAUACGCUUAAAAUGUGAGUUAGAAACGAAAUAAUGUUUCUUUAAAAUAUUAUUUAAGAUAUAAAAAAUAUAUUAUUGGUGUCACGCACGUGUAAUAAUAUUCUCAAGUUUUACAUAAUGUGACAAACCUAAUUUAUUAAGUUUGUUUUCGUUUACAAAAAAAAUUUAAAUGCGUUUUCUUUGCAAAAAGUAUUAAUUUUCUUAGAUGAAGUUAGUAUUAGAUUUUCACUAUUUAUAGGUGCUUUCAGUAACGUAUUGCUAGUCAUUAAUAUUAUUAACACCAGAAAUAUAUAUUUUUAAUAGUUAUUGUUUAAUUCUACUUUACUUUGUAUGUCUAGUUAAUUUGUGAUGUUUUAUUUUAACCAACUCCAAUAAAAAAGGAGGUCCUAAAUUCAGAAAUAAAGUAAUGAAAUUUUAAUAAGAUAAAAUCAAAAGGUUUAUUUAAGUUUUGUGUUUAAGUCCACAAUUGUUUUCUGUGGAGUUUUCUUAGUAAGUAGAACUAGUAUGCACGUUAAAGUAAAAAUAUAAACAGAGAAAUAUUUAUUUUUUUAAAGUACACAAUAUAUUGAUGUUAAAAAUUAUAAAAUUUUAAAUACACCAGCCAUUAUUGUAGUGAAAUUCCAAAGUAUUUAGAUUGUCUAUGGCUUUCUCUCCAACGUAUUUUUUUUUAAUAUAUAUACACUUUUUUGUUAUUUCGGAUUUUUUUAAAUAUCUUUCUGACAUAUCUGAAAUUAUUUUAUCGCUAACUCAUUUUUUUUUUAUUAUAAUAUGCAAGAUAAUUAUAAUAACUGUAAACCAUAAUUAACGAAAUCACCGUCGAAUACCAUUAGUUAUAACUAUCUGAUAAUGAUCCCACCAGUCGUUGUAAAUCAUUCCUCGAAAUGUAUGUUGAUAUUCCCUUUGAAAUUUUAUUAGUGUUGUCAUAGAUUUUCCUAAAUAAAUUAAAUGUGUUCUGUAAA